AUGUUCCGACCCAAAGGAUCCUCGUACCCUUGGGAUGCUGUGAGAUGCGCCAUCAAGUUUUACGAGAAACUGGGCUUCAUGACCCAGCCUGUUUGCCACCAGGCAACGCUGGCCCGGCAUUCACCGCCGGCCGAGUUGAGGAAGAAGCUCGUGCAGUGCCCAGUCGUGGAUGACGAUGGGCGACAAGAAGGUCGCGGAUCCGAACGUAUCUUUGUUGUUACGCUGGCCAAGACCUACGAGUGCCCUUUCGUUGAUAACAGCAACUACCGCGAGCAGGCGUGGUCUGGCCACGACCUCUGGCCCUGGUUGCAGAAGGCAGGCCUCGCUCUCAAG